ACAAUUCAAUUACUCCGCAGAUAUGCAAACGUCUUGCGAACGCGCGCACACUGCAUUUCGCGUGAAAUACGCCGCUUCCUUGAUUAUGUUUGCCUGAACUGAUGAGUGAUGUUGAUGAUAUAGCAAAGGCUGACAAUGCUGGCCCACGGAAUGAAGCGUCGCAAGCGAGGAGAGGAGAGCGAUGAGGAGGACGAGGAGUGGGGCGUGGGUUAUGCCGAGGAGGUCGACGAGCACCGCGCAAACCUGCUACGCCGACUGGACAUGCGGACGACGCCGCAGGCUGGCACGGGCCUGGUAAACCCCUGGGCGCGCGCGGCAGGCCUGGCUCGGCAACAACUAUCGCCGGCGCAGCGCCAACAGCAUCUGCAGCAGGAGAGCACACUGGUGUUGGAGGUGGACCUACGGGAGCUGGAUGACGACACCAGCCAGGAUGCCGACAGCGAGCUAGCGGCGGCGGCGGCUGGGGCUGGGGCUGGUGGCGGCGGCGGCCGCAGCGGGGCGGCAGGGGUGGCGGCGGGCCAGGCACGCAUGGAUCGUCUGUUGCAGGAACUGCAGCGCUCAGCGGCAGCAGCAUCCGCUGCAGCCGCCACUGCCUCCGGCGCCGCGGCCGCCACGCCUGCCGCCACGGCACAGGCCGGCAGCGCCUGCUUGCAAGGGCCACGCCCGCAGCCGCCGCCAGCGCACCAACCGCCAACUGGCGGCGCAGCCGCCGCCGCUGACACCGCAGCCGCUGCCGCAACCGCCGCCAUGGAUGGCAGCGGGCGGCCGCCGCUGUCGCCGCUGCAGGGCCGACAUGGCGCCGCCGCCAACAUGCAGGGCCGCGGGGGCACAGGCGGCGGCAGCGGCAGGGGCGGCGGCGGCAGGGGCAGCGGCGGCGGCAGGGGCAGGAGCGGCGGCGGCGGCUCGGCAGGCGGCGGCAUGUGGUCUGCCCCGCGGCCUGGAGGCGUAGGUGGGGGUGCUGGUGGAGGCGGUGGCGGCGGAGGCGGGAAGGGCAAGAAGGCGCGCUUUGUAAUCCGCGACGCCGGGGCUUCGCAGCAGGCAGGCGGCUCUUCGCAGCACCAGCAGUGCCACCCCAAGGGCUCGUCCCAGGCUGGCUUUGAUUCCAGCCAGCGGUUGCCGUGUGCGCUAGAUGCCUCUGGCGCUGGCGGCGACGUCGAUGGCGAUGGCGAUGGCUGGGAAGGAGCAGGGGGAGGGGAGCUGUGUGCAGUGGAGGGAGAGGUGGAGGGAGCGGCAGCAGCAGGUGGAGGGGAGGCGGCAGGGGGGAGGGCGGCGGGAGCUGCACGGGGGCCGGCAGGGCCCGCGCCGCUGCCGCCGCGUGGGGGAGCCGUGGGUUUGGCAGCGCUGCUGGCGGCCGGGCCCGGCAGGCAACCGCCGCGCACUCCCGCGCCGCCAUCCGGCUUUGGACUCAGCUUCGGCCGCGCCAGUGCCAACGCCAGCGGCGGAAGCAAGCCGCAUGCGCCUGGGGCCAGCGGCGCCAGUGGCGGUGGUGGUGGCGGCGGUGGCCCUGGUGGCCAACUGGCAAUGGGGCCGCCGGCCUUCACCCCGGUGCGGCCUGCGCCGCCACAGCACACCGCCUCCGCCACCACUGGCGGCAGGCUUGGGGGCGGAGCAGCCGCAGCAGCAGCAGCAGCAGCAGCCGCUGCUGGCGGCGGCGGCGGUGGCGGCGGCCCGUCCAGCAGUAGCCAUAGCAUGGGCGGCCGGCAGUCCGGCAAGACGCACCAGCAGCAUCACCCCCACCAGCACCAGCAGCCGCAAGCUGGGCCCUGGUUUACCCCGCUGCCGAAGGGCCGCGCGGCGCCGCCGCUGGCGCCAUCACACAGCCAUCAGGCAGCUACGGGGCCGGGGCAAGGGCCGGGGACGGGGCAAGGGCCGGGCCCCCCAGCCUCUUUGCGUGACCUGCUCGCGUCUGGCGGCGGCGGCGGCAGCAAUGAGUCGGCGGCGGCUGACGCCACGCCGCUGGGCCGCCGCCUGCCGGUGUGGCCAGCCGCCUCGAGCGCCGGCUCCGCAGCGGCGGCGGCUGGCGGCGGCGGCGGCGGUGAUGGGCUCGAGGCCGGCACGAGUACGGGUCGCGGCCGUGGCAGUGGCGGUGGCGGCGGCGGUUUGAACACGCUGGAGCUGAUGGGGCAGCAGUCGGAGCGACAGAGGGAGUUCCUGGCAGCGAUGGGCGCCCCCACACCUCAGAGUGGCGGCGGCGGCGGCAGUGGUGGUGUCGGUUUUGGCGGCGGAGGCGGAGGCAGCGGCCGGCGCGGCGGCGGGCGGCAGGCGGCGGGGCUGCAGGGGCGGCUGCAGGCAGUGUUGGCCGGACUCAAGGCAGCACAGGAGCGGGAGGCUGAGGCGCUGCUCACACUGCCGCCGCCGCCGCCACCCUCCGGCUCGCUGCUGGUCCAGGUGCUCAGCCGCUGUCGCGAGGCGCACCUCACCCGCACCACCUGCACCCUACUGCAGCUGUACGGCCACCCCUACCAGCCGCCCUCCCACUGCAGCAGCCGCCCCCGCCCCCAGCCCGCGGCCGCCACGGGCAGCGGCGCUGGCGCAGGCGCGCAGCCGUCGCAGCAGCUACAGCAACAGCAACCGCAACAGCUGCAGGGCUUACAGGUGGAGCAACCGCAAUCGCAACAACAACAACAACAACAACAACAGCAACAGCAGCAACAGCAGCAGCAUGAACAAGACCAGCAGCAGCCCCCGCUGUCGGAACUGCUGGCGGUUGGGCGGCGGUUGCACGUGUUCGUUGACUCCAAACGGUCUGACUGGGGGCUGGAGGUGAGCAGUCGCCUGCUGCUACUGCCGCCGUACUCGCUACUGCGGCUGCAGGCGCCGACAACGGGUGAUCGGACGGGGGCGGCGGCGGGAGCAGCCGCAGGAGCAGCGGCAGGAGGCGGAGUGGGUGCGGGGGCAGGGGCAGGGGCAACAGGGGUGGGAGGGGGGCCGGCCCUGCCAGGGGGCGGCGUGGUGGCUGGCGGGGGUGAUCGGGGUAAUGCUGGUAAUGGUGGUGGUGGUGGUGGUGGUGGUGGUGGGGGUGGUGGUGGUGGUGGUGGUGGUGGUGGUGGUGGUGGUGGUGGUGGUGGUGGUGGUGGGGGUGGUGGUGGUGGUGGUGGUGGUGGGGGUGGUGGUGGUGGUGGGGGUGGUGGUGGUGGUGGUGGUGGUGGUGGUGGUGGUGGUGGUGGUGGUGGUGGGGGUGGUGGUGGUGGUGGUGGUGGUGGGGGUGGUGGUGGUGGGGGUGGUGGUGGUGGUGGUGGUGGUGGUGGUGGUGGUGGUGGUGGUGGUGGUGGGGGUGGUGGUGGUGGUGGUGGUGGGGGUGGUGGUGGUGGUGGGGGUGGUGGUGGUGGUGGUGGUGGUGGGGGUGGUGGUGGUGGUGGUGGUGGUGGGGGUGGUGGUGGUGGUGGGGGUGGUGGUGGGGGUGGGGGUGGAUGCGAGGUGCUGCUGCUGGCGUAUGUGGCGCGGAAAAUGGAUGGCUACAUGUACGGCGCCGGGUGAGCAGCGGCCGUGCGGCCACAGGAAUGGUGGGCGGCUGCUCGCAUGAAAGCAGUGCUGGUCAAGCACUGGUAGCGUGGGCGUUUUGUGCCUUCGCCGCGGCAGCUUUCAACCGUAGCAUGGGCGUACAUUCGUGAGGCGGCAGGAAGGCACGCAUGCGCGAUGUCCGAGCUACUUAAAGCUUUGCUGCGUAAGGCCCCUCGAUGCCCGUUCGAUUGGUGCGCACAGAAGGCGGCGGCACCAAGCCCGCAGCCCCAACCCCUUGGUGCAGUGCACCCGUACGGCACGUACACAGGUCCGACCGUUCGCGACUAUGUGUGUUCUAUGGAACCGAUGUGCGAUGGGACAGUGGUAAGGCAGGUUGGUGAAGCCCCGUAGGGUGCAGCUGAUUCCCAGAACCCAGCAGACGGCAAACAAUUUGCAACGGCGUUCGAUGGAAUCGAUGUGGAACUGGAAGGUAAUGGGUGCGCCGCAAGAGGUGGAGAGCCGGAGGCAUGAUGGCGGGGCAGGCUACACCCUUUCUUUUCUAGCAGGUUGGGCAGGGUUGAGCUCUCCCUAGUACCUCAGCUACCAUAUGUCUGGCGGGUCAGCUGUGUCGCUGUGGGGUAUGCCGCGGUCCACGCCGCCUGACGGUGGACACGGUGGACGCCCAACAAGGCAACAACACACGGCGUCAUGGCCAGACCGGAGCGCGGGGUUGCCACUAGCCAGAAGGUCGCACGAAUAGGAGGAUUGGCCGUCGCACUAGCCUGGCCUUGCGCAACUGCGUGGGCCAUGCAGUGGGUGAAGUCGUGCACCCUGGCCUCAGCGGGUUUGCGCUUUGCAAUUGCAAGGGCGGCAGCAGACCAGGCCAGAGCCCUGAGCCUUGCGGGCUCAGCGCCUGUGGCACAAGAACUCAACGA